CGCCCGGCCCAGCAGGUGACCACGGGCCGGGCCGGAGCCGGAGCGAGUCCCGGGCGGGCGCGGGCGGCACAGGCAGCGCGGAGCCGAUCCGUGGGGUCGCGGAAGUUUACCGGAACAUGGCGGAGGAGCCCGGGGCGCGCAGGGGCGCCGCGCGGCGGCGGUGGCCGGCACCCCAGGAGCUGUAGCCGCCGCAGCCACAGCCGCCGAGGGGCGAGGUCGCCGCCAUGGCCCGCUGGAUCCCGACCAAGCGGCAGAAGUACGGAGUUGCGAUCUAUAACUACAAUGCCUCUCAAGAUGUGGAGCUCUCCCUGCAGAUUGGAGACACGGUUCACAUCCUGGAGAUGUAUGAGGGUUGGUACAGAGGAUAUACUCUCCAAAAUAAAUCUAAAAAGGGUAUUUUCCCUGAAACAUAUAUCCAUUUGAAAGAGGCAACCGUGGAAGACCGAGGGCAGCACGAGACGGUGAUUCCUGGUGAGCUCCCGCUGGUGCAGGAGCUCACGUCUACGCUGCGAGAAUGGGCUGUCAUUUGGCGCAAGCUCUACGUGAACAACAAAGUCACACUCUUCCGCCAGCUGCAGCAGAUGACGUACAGCCUGAUCGAGUGGCGGUCCCAGAUCCUGUCUGGAACACUCCCCAAGGACGAACUGGCAGAGCUCAAGAAGAAGGUCACAGCCAAGAUCGAUCAUGGAAACAGAAUGCUUGGGUUAGAUCUGGUAGUACGAGAUGACAAUGGAAACAUCUUGGAACCAGAUGAAACUAGCACCAUUGCCCUCUUCAAGGCCCAUGAAAUGGCCUCCAAAAGGAUUGAGGAAAAGAUCCAAGAAGAAAAGUCAAUCAUGCAGAACCUGGACUUGCGAGGCCAGCCCGUUUUCAGGACCGUCCAUACAUGUGGCCUCUACGUGAACUUCAAGAACUUUGUUUGCAACAUCGGGGAAGACGCAGAGUUGUUCAUGGCACUUUAUGACCCUAACCAGUCCACUUUCAUCAGUGAGAACUAUCUAAUUCGUUGGGGCAGUAAUGGGAUGCCCAAGGAAAUCGAGAAGCUUAAUAACCUCCAGGUGGUCUUCACUGACCUCAGCAGUGCAGACCUCAUCCGGCCCCGCAUAAGCCUCGUGUGUCAGAUUGUCCGGGUGGGCCAUAUGGAGCUGAAGGACGGCAAAAAGCAUACCUGUGGGCUCCGAAGACCUUUUGGAGUAGCAGUGAUGGAUAUUACUGAUAUCAUACGUGGGAAGGUAGAUGAUGAAGAAAAGCAGCAUUUUAUUCCUGUUCAGCAAAUUGCCAUGGAAACCUAUAUCCGGCAGAGGCAGCUAAUCAUGUCGCCUCUGAUAACAUCCCAUGUGAUUGGGGAGAAUGAGCCACUCACUUCAGUCUUGAAUAAAGUGAUAGCAGCGAAGGAAGUGAACCACAAAGGGCAAGGACUUUGGGUGUCCUUGAAGCUAUUACCAGGUGACCUCGCGCAGGUUCAGAAGAAUUUUUCACACUUGGUGGAUAGAUCGACAGCAAUUGCCCGAAAAAUGGGCUUUCCUGAAAUAAUACUUCCAGGAGAUGUUCGGAAUGAUAUUUAUGUCACCCUGAUUCAUGGAGAGUUUGACAAAGGGAAAAAGAAGACGCCGAAGAAUGUGGAGGUGACCAUGUCUGUGUACGAUGAGGAGGGCAACACCUUGGAGAAAGCAAUUCACCCCGGUGCUGGAUACGACGGCAUUUCAGAGUACAAAUCAGUAGUCUAUUAUCAAGUCAAGCAGCCCUGUUGGUAUGAGACUGUCAAGGUAUCCAUUGCUAUAGAAGAGGUUGCUCGCUGCCACAUAAGGUUUACCUUCCGACACCGAUCAUCGCAGGAAUCCAGAGAUAAAUCGGAGCGAGCAUUUGGGGUGGCCUUCGUGAAACUGAUGAACCCGGAUGGCACCACCCUGCAGGAUGGGAGGCACGAUCUGGUGGUUUAUAAGGGUGACAACAAGAAAAUGGAAGAUGCUAAGUUCUACCUGACCCUACCUGGAACCAAGCUAGAGAUGGAAGAGAAAGAGCUCCAAGCACCCAAAACCCUGGCCAACUUGACUCCAACCAAGGAUAGCACAAAAGACAGCUUUCAGAUUGCCACCCUCAUUUGCUCCACAAAGCUCACCCAGAACGUUGACCUGUUAGGAUUGUUAAAUUGGCGUUCAAACUCCCAGAACAUUAAGCACAACUUAAAGAAGUUAAUGGAGGUGGAUGGAGGAGAGAUUGUUAAGUUUUUGCAGGAUACACUAGAUGCACUUUUUAACAUAAUGAUGGAAAUGUCAGACAAUGAAACGUAUGACUUCCUUGUGUUUGAUGCGCUGGUAUUUAUUAUUUCACUGAUAGGAGACAUCAAGUUCCAGCAUUUUAAUCCUGUCCUGGAAACCUACAUUAACAAGCACUUCAGUGCCACUUUGGCCUAUGUGAAACUCUCCAAGGUACUGAACUUUUAUGUGGCUAAUGCAGGUGACUCCAGCAAGACAGAAUUGCUUUUUGUGGCUUUGAAAGCCUUAAAGUACUUGUUUAGAUUCAUCAUCCAGUCGAGAGUGCUCUACUUGAGAUUUUAUGGCCAAAGUGAUGAUGGAGAUGAAUUUAAUAAUUCAAUCCGCCAGUUAUUUCUCUCUUUCAAUAUCCUCAUGGACAGGCCUCUGGAGGAAGCUGUCAAGAUCAAGGGGGCAGCUUUGAAGUACCUUCCUCACAUAAUUAAUGAUGUCAAACUUGUGUUUGAUCCUACUGAACUCAGCGAGCUCUUCUGCAAAUUCAUCCAGAGCAUUCCUGACAACCAGUUAGUUCACCAGAAGCUUAACUGCAUGACCAAGAUAGUAGAGAGUAAUCUCUUUCAGCAAUCGGAGUGCAGAGAUGUGCUCCUGCCACUGCUGAUAGACCAGCUCAGCGGCCAGUUAGAUGACAGCUCCAGCAAGCCUGACCAUGAGGCAAGCUCGCAGCUUCUGAGCCACAUCCUGGAAGUGCUGGACCGGAAGGAUGUGGGCCCCACGGCGAAGCACAUACAGCAGGUGAUGGAGCGGCUGCUGAGAAGGAUCAACCGGACCGUGAUCGGGAUGAGCCGACAGUCUCCCCACAUCGGGAGUUUUGUUGCUUGCAUGAUUGCCAUCCUGCGGCAAAUGGACGACAGCCACUACACGAUCUAUGUCAGCACUUUCAAAACCAGACAAGACAUCAUUGACUUCCUCAUGGAAACUUUUAUCAUGUUUAAGGAUCUGAUUGGAAAGAAUGUCUAUGCCAGAGACUGGAUGGUCAUGAAUAUGACUCAGAGCAGGGUUUUCCUCCGUGCUAUAAAUCAGUUUGCUGAGGUUCUCACAAGGUGCUUCAUGGAUAAGUCAAGCUUUGAACUUCAGCUCUGGAACAAUUACUUCCAUUUGGCAGUAGCAUUUCUCACCCACGAGUCCCUUCAGCUUGAAACCUUCUCUCAAGCCAAGCGCACCAAAAUUGUAAAAAAAUAUGGGGACAUGAGGAAAGAAAUCGGCUUUAGGAUCCGGGACAUGUGGUAUAACCUGGGUCCCCACAAAAUCAAAUUCAUCCCGUCUAUGGUGGGUCCCAUUCUGGAGGUCACACUGACCCCUGAAGUAGAGCUUCGGAAAGCCACCAUCCCCAUUUUUUUUGAUAUGAUGCAGUGUGAGCUCAAUUUCAGUGGAAAUGGCAACUUCCAUAUGUUUGAAGAUGAGUUGAUCACCAAGCUGGACCAAGAAGUAGAAGGGGGCAGAGGAGAUGAACAGUACAAGGUCCUUCUGGAAAAACUGCUCCUAGAACAUUGCCGGAAACAUAAAUACCUCUCCAGCUCUGGAGAAGUGUUCGCGCUCCUGGUCAGCAGCCUCUUAGAGAAUCUCCUGGACUACAGAACCAUCGUCAUGCAUGACGAGAGCAAGGAAAACCGGAUGAGCUGUACCGUGAAUGUGCUGAAUUUCUAUAAAGAAAAGAAGAGAGAGGACAUAUACAUAAGAUACUUGUACAAACUGCGGGAUUUGCACCGAGACUGUGAGAACUACACGGAAGCUGCCUACACGCUACUCUUACAUGCUGAACUUCUGCAGUGGUCUGACAAGCCCUGUGCACCCCAUUUGCUUCAGAGGGACAGUUACUACGUUUAUACCCAGCAGGAGCUGAAAGAGAAGCUGUAUCAAGAAAUCAUAUCCUAUUUUGACAAAGGCAAAAUGUGGGAGAAGGCAAUCAAGCUGAGCAAAGAGUUGGCUGAGACAUAUGAGAGCAAAGUUUUUGACUAUGAAGGCCUGGGCAAUCUCCUGAAAAAAAGAGCCUCAUUUUAUGAGAACAUCAUUAAGGCCAUGAGGCCUCAGCCUGAAUACUUUGCUGUUGGAUACUACGGACAGGGCUUUCCUUCUUUCCUACGGAACAAAAUCUUCAUCUACCGGGGGAAGGAGUAUGAGAGGCGAGAAGACUUCAGCCUGAGGUUGCUGACCCAGUUCCCCAAUGCUGAGAAGAUGACCAGUACCACACCCCCAGGAGAGGAAAUCAAGUGCUCCCCAAAGCAGUACAUGCAGUGUUUCACCGUCAAGCCAGUGAUGAACCUGCCUCCCAGCUACAAGGAUAAACCAGUUCCAGAGCAGAUCUUAAACUACUAUAGAUCCAAUGAAGUGCAGCAGUUCCAGUAUUCCCGGCCAUUCCGGAAAGGAGAAAAGGAUCCUGACAAUGAAUUUGCUACCAUGUGGAUUGAAAGGACCACAUAUACGACCGCAUAUACCUUUCCCGGGAUUCUCAAGUGGUUUGAAGUCAAACAGAUGUCAACAGAAGAAAUCAGCCCUCUGGAGAACGCCAUUGAAACCAUGGAACUGACCAAUGAGAAAAUCAGCAACUGUGUUCAGCAGCAUGCCUGGGACCGGGCCCUCUCUGUGCAUCCUCUGUCCAUGUUGCUCAGUGGCAUCGUAGACCCGGCUGUCAUGGGGGGAUACUCCAACUAUGAAAAGGCUUUUUUUACAGAGAAGUACUUGCAGGAACAUCCUGAAGACCAGGAGAAGAUUGAGCUGCUAAAGCGACUGAUAGCAUUACAGAUGCCUCUGCUGACAGAGGGGAUCCGCAUCCAUGGGGAGAAGCUGACGGAGCAGCUUAAGCCAUUGCACAACCGGUUGUCCUCUUGCUUCCAGGAACUCAAGGAGAAAGUGGAAAAGCUCUAUGGGGUUAUAACUCUGCCAUCCAACUUGACCGAGAGGAAGCAAAGCCGCACGGGGUCCAUUGUGUUACCCUACAUCAUGUCAUCUACGCUGCGGAGAUUGUCCAUCACCUCGGUGACGUCUGUGAUUUCUUCCUCUUCUAACUCAUCUGAUAAUGCCCCUUCCAGACCAGGAUCUGAUGGGUCAAUCCUGGAGCCACUUCUGGAGCGCAGGGCCUCGUCAGGUGCCAGGGUUGAAGAUCUGUCCCUCAAAGAGGACAGUGAGAACCGGAUCAGCAAGUUCAAGAGAAAAGAAUGGAACCUGAGCAAGUCCCAGGUCAUUGCAGAGAAAGCACCAGAACCGGAUCUGAUGAGCCCAUCCAGAAAAGGACAAAGGCCAAAGAGUCUCCAGAUCGACAAUCAGCUGACACCGUUUCAGGGUUCUUCACCUCCUCCAUCAACCCCCUUGAGCCCACCUCCACUGACUCCUAAAGCUACCAGGACCCUAAGUUCCCCGUCUUUGCAGACAGAUGGGCUGAUGAGUGCUACUGUGCCACCGCCCCCUCCCCCCAAAAGCAGCCAGAGGAACUCCACAGAGAUCGCUCCCCCACUACCUGUGCGAAGAGAAGCCAAAGUCCCACCCCCACCACCUCCCAAAGUUCGGAAAUCUGGCGUCCUUUCUUCUGACCCUGGAUCCCAAUAAGAAUUUUGUUCUCCCUCUGAACCUCAAAGGACCGUGGACACCUAGCGGAUGCCUGAGAACUGGCCUCCAGGAGGCAGUGUCCUCUUUGCAGCAGGCCCCACUGCUGACUGCUUUUCUGACCCUCUGGGAUGAGGGUCACCCACUCGAAACUGGUUUUGUGCUUUCGAAAGCUUCUAUUUGAUCAAUGCCUGAGGCCAUGCGACAUCUUCAGUCCACAUAAAACAUCAGAAUUGGCUAUGUCCUGUGCUUUUAUCAAAGGAGAGAGCUCCUUCGCCGUUAUUAAAUUUCCACCUCCAGCGCAGAGCCCCCCCAGGCCUUCGAAAGCCUGGAUAAGUCUUCUGUGGUCGUGGUUGUGGAGCAACCCCAAGAACCCACUCUUUAGACAGAUGUCUUGCUUUGCUUCUGAAAAGCUGUGCUUGAGGCAUAGUUUUCUCAUGUGGACAUACGCUGUCCCGUAUAACACAUUGGGAGAGACCGAUGUCAAGUACUUUGGUAGCAGAAAUAAUCAUAACUUUCUAAUGUCUACUGUGUCUCCUUUGAGGAAAAGAACAUCUUCUAAUGAAGAUUGGCUACUUUCGAGGAUGAAUGGCUGUCAUUAUUGAAAAUCAUGGACUCCAAUGACCCCUGAGCUCCUCCAUCCCCCCACUCGCACCCACUUGUGGCAUGGGGAAGCUGUCCCUGCCCCUUCUGGUGGUCCCUACACUCCGACUAACGGCCCUCACUACACAGCAGUCAGUCCUUCCUACUGUGGACUCCUUUGAGGCUCUCUGUUCUGCACAUACAGUGUUUUGUCCUGUUACCUCCUCCGAACUCAAAUCACUGGAUAUAAGGGACUUAGAAGCCCGAGUUCAACAGCUUCUCUUCCAGACCCCAUUUGGAUGGCGCGUCAGCCCCUGUCUACAUCCUGUUUUUACCCUGGAAAAUACAGUGCAAUAUUUUCCUUUGAUUAUUUAUUCCUCUUGAUUGGGGAUUUAAUUUGAUUACGUGUUUAUGGUACUAAUGUCAGUACUCCUUUCAGAAGAAAAAAUGGCGGUGAUUGAGCUGAUCAAAUAUAACCUACACACAUGUAAACAGCCAUACCAGGUUACAGACGUUUUGAGCCGGAAGGACCUUAAAAGUCAUACAAACGACCUCCUCGUUUUGUAGAUAAGGAAAUUGAGGUUAAUACAGAAAAUCCUACUACAGGUUCUUACUAAUAACCCAGCUUGCCGUACCCAGAUAACGCUUAGAUCUAAAAGACAACCCUGACAAACUCUUUGAUUCCUACCCUUUGUUGGAACAACAGUGGAAAUGGCCCAGAUAUUUUUAUAUUACUUAGGGGGUAAUGGCAAGUAGACACCUUUUUGACGGUGGAUCCCCCAGGUCAACAUGUCAGGGGCUCACCAGGGUCUCUUCCACAGCCUGGCCCAGUCCCUUUCCUCUGAGGCAAAGAGAGAGAGAGAGUUCACCUCUGGGGAUUUGGGUUUGCUUGGCUGCCUCUGUGUGUGUGUGCCUGUCUGACCACCCCUCUUUUAGGAGAGACAUAUUAAUUCAUUACAAGGUCAGGGAAGUAAAACCUCUGAGAUGUGUCCUAUGUUCCUCGAGAAAUGAGUAUGCGUAUUUAAAAGUGGUGAGGAAAAGUUUAGUCUUCACCCGACCUAGGAGAACCUGCAAUGUGGUGUCAUGGAAAGAACCUCCUGGGCUUUGGAAGGAAGCUCGUUUGGUUUCAGAUCAUCCCAGCUAUGGCAUCUAUUAACUUUGUAAACUCUUGCAAAUGAUUUGAAAUUUUCUGAGCUUUCGUUUCUUCACCUUUCAAAAUGGCCAUCAUCCCUACCACACAGGUUGUUGUGCGUUUCAAAUGAGACCAUAUAUGUCAAGGAGUCGGUACUCACCAAAUAGUCCUUUCUUUUCUCUGCUCGACCAGAGUAACAUCUGAACUGUUAGGAGCAUUACUGAUAUUCCUUUUUUUUUUAAGAUAAUUUAAAUGUGCAUGUCAUUUCGUUGUGUACAUACAGUCCCUCUCCAAAAGAUGACAUCUUUUAGAGCCUUUUACAUAAUUAUUUAUGACUAGAGACACAGUGUUAAUAAGAACUGAAGAGGAUUUUAAGUGGAGACAACUCAAGAGAAUGAAGGGAGAGAAUAAAGAGAAGGAACAGAAAGGCUGUGCAGGGCUUACACAGAACCUGGGUUCACUUGUGAGCAGUUGCUCCGCAGAAUGGCUGGAGGAGACGCCAAUGCUUUACCCAGUUAUCGGGCUGCCAUUAAAAUAGAAAGAUAUAAGCUGGGUCAUGAAAGAAACCAAACCUCAAAUAUGUCCCUUCAGAGCAGUAGAUGCUAGUUCUGCAGUCUGGUCUUUGAUCAGAGGCUGGGGACACCUGACACACCCAUAUCUGGUACCUUCUCUUUUUGAAAUAUAUUUUUUCAUAUGAUUUCCUCUCCACAUUAAUGGAAAUACCAGGUCUGUCCUUCCUGAACACAGGACUCCAGGUAACGUUGUGAAUAUUAGAUUACAGGGGACGUUGGACAUCUCCUUGAGAAGCCAUUGGAUAGGAAAGAGUCAUAUUUGACAAAACAUCACGGAUAUUGUGUGUCCUGAAGUCACAGAGGGAGACUGCAAAGAAAUGUCUUAUGAUUAAAAGGAGAGAUGUGAGGCGGGGAAUAAAAAGAGAAAGAACUGGCCUUUAUGUUCCUUGAGAAGAACUCUAGAGUAUUGAAAGACGCUGAAAUUAGCCCCCACAUUGUUACAACCUUUAUGAAUAUUGGUUUGGGACAUAUUUUUAAAUCCUUCUUUCUCUGUCCUGGUGACUCAUCUUGCUCUGAGAUUUUUUUGUUUUCAAGAGUUGUUUCAUUCAACAUAUAUUAAGCUCUUACUAAAUGCCCGAUGCCGUACAGGACCUUCGGAAUGUGGCAGCUCAGUGUGGUCAGUGGGAACAGCCAGUAUGCAGACUGUGGGAUGGGAAAGUGAGUAGGAGUAGAGGAGAGUGAAAUCCUAAAUAAAUAAGGCGACUGGGCCAUGGCUAGCCUCCCCCUCCACCUUCACACCUUCACUCCAGAAUGUCAGUCAUUUUUUCCUACUGGGGAGACAAUUAAAAACUGCAAACCCCUAAGACAAAACAAGAGCUAAAGCAGGAUUUGAGAUAACAAUUUACCUUGGUUAACUCUUUCUGAGCUGCAAGAGUCCUUCCCCUCUAGUCACCCCCCAGAGCAUGGGUAAUUUCUUAUUGUAAAAUUGAGAUGUAACUUUCAUACAAGUAAGUGUACAAAUCUUAGAUGUACAGAUGGAUGAAAUUUUACAUUGGUGUACACUCAUGUCGUCCCU